UGGAUGAGGUCAGAGGUCGCCUGGGUCCGGCAUGGUCGCUGCUGUGGUGGGGGCUGGGUGAAGAUUUGCUGAUGGUUUGAGGGGGAACACUCCCAGGAUUUCAGUGGAUUGAGAACGGAGAAGCACUAGCCAUGCGGAAUCUGAAAUUGCUGCAUAGCCUGCACUGCAGCAGGUGGCAAGGUCUGGGCAAGCCCCAGUGUCUCACUAUACGGGUAGAUACAGGGACGGUGCUUGUGGGAUCAAACCAAGGAAUCACCGAACUCAACGCACACACUGAGCAGGUAGUCAGAAGAGUAUCCCUGGUUGAAGAAGCAUUUCUCCCUAAAGAUGGCACUGGGUGUAUUGUUGGUAUUGAGGACCUUCCAGACCAGGAAUCUGUAUGUGUGGCUACUGGAUCAGGGGAUGUUAUACUUUAUAAUCUAAACUCAAAUCAGCUGGAAUGUGUUGGCAGUGUUGACAGUGGGCUGACUGGGAUGAGCUGGAGUCCAGACCAGGAACUUGUUGUGCUCACCACAGGGCAGGAGACCAUAAUAAUGAUGACCAAAGACUUUGAUCCAAUUACUGAAGUCAAAAUCCACCAAGACAGCUUUGGUGAAGGAGAAUUUAUCACUGUCGGUUGGGGUAAGAAGGAAACACAGUUUCAUGGCACAGAGGGUAAGGAAGCAGCUCGUCGUAAGCCAACAGAAAUUCAGCCAGCAUUUCCUUGGGAUGAUCGGAGAUCGCGUGUGACCUGGCGAGGAGAUGGGCAGCUGUUUGCAAUCAAUGCCAUUUGUCCUGUGUCUGGAUCCAGAAAGCUGAGAGUGUGGAACAGAGAAUGUGUGCUUCAGUCAACCAGUGAGUCUGUUAGUGGUCUUGAACAGGUCCUGUGUUGGAAACCAUCAGGAAAUCUGAUUGCAUCCACACAACGAAAGCUUAACAAACAUAAUGUUGUGUUUUUCGAACGAAAUGGUUUACUACAUGGAGAGUUUUCACUUCCUUUUCAUAAAGACCAAGUUAAGGUAAAUGAGCUGUUAUGGAACAGCGACUCUACUGUACUAGCGGUUUGGCUGGAGGAUUUGGAAUCAGAUAAGGAUGACCGUCAAAAUACAUACGUUCAGUUGUGGACAGUGGGAAACUACCACUGGUACCUGAAGCAGAGUCUGCAUUUCGGUUGCACUCAGGUGGAACGGAUUGUAUCCCUAAUGUGGGAUCCUGAGCGUCCCUAUCGACUGCACAUCCUCCGCAGUGGGUGGCUUUACCAGUCCUAUAAUUGGCAAUGGACCACCAAUCGAAGUACAGGAGAAGACAGCAGUGACCUUGCUAACGUAGCUGUGAUUAAUGGAGAUAACGUACUAGUGACACCUUUUCGCCAAGCUGUGGUGCCUCCGCCAAUGUCUGCAUAUCAGUUGCACCUGCCUUGCCCUGUGAAUCAGAUAAUGUUCUCUUCAGACCCACAAAGGAGCAAUGAUUUUGCAGUCUUGACAGCAGAUAACUAUAUUUCAGUCUUUGAGGCUGGUGAUGGUGUGAAUCAUGAUUCUGCAGUUAAAAUUGAUGCUGUUGGUGAAAGUGGAUCAAAGAUAUGCACCAGAACUCUGAAAAGGGUAAAAACAUACAGAAUUAAGUUUGAAGAAGGAGGAAGUGAGCCCCUGACUCCAUUGAAACUACGAAUGAUAACCUGGGUAAAGGAGAAUGUAUUCCUGGCUGUUAGUCAAGGUCCUAGGACCUCUCAGUCUAUUGUUUGUCAGUUGCUAAUGUCUUCAGAGGAGACUGAGGAAGGAGAGAUUCAAAUCAGGUCUCCUGUAACUGUGGAUGGGCACAUAAUCAAUCUGUGUCACAACCAAAAGACUGAGACUGUAGCUUUGGAGCUUUCCAAUGGACAGAUUCUAAGAUACCUCUGGGAUUCCUCUGAGGCAUGUAUACAACAGUGGAAGUCAACUACUGGAUGUUUAGUACAGUUUCCUCAACCUUGUGUAGAGACAGCUCUAUGUACAGUUGAUGGUGAGGAAAUGGUCUUGGGUCUGACAGAAAGAUCUCGUUUCUUUAUUAAUGACUUAGAGAUAGCCUUCAAUGCCACUUCAUUUAUAGUGUGUGAUGAGUUCCUGUUGUUCACAACCCAUUCACACAUCUGUCAUUGUCUGAAUCUUGGGACUACUUCAUUAAAAGCUUUAUCCCAAUUUUCAAGCCAUGUGUCCCAGCCUAAUGAUGAAACAGUUCGUAGGGUGGAGAGAGGAUCUCGUAUAGUGACUGUUGUACCCCAGGACACCAAACUCAUCCUUCAGAUGCCACGUGGGAAUCUGGAAGUCAUUCAUCAUCGAGCACUGGUAUUGGCGCAGGUGCGAAAAUAUCUGGACAGGCUUAAGUUCAAGGAAGCCUUUGAAUGUAUGAGAAAGCUGAGAAUAAAUCUCAAUCUCAUCUAUGAUCACAACCCAAAGGUAUUUUUGGACAAUUUGGAGAACUUCGUAAAGCAGAUCAAUUCUGUAAAUUACAUCAAUUUAUUCCUGACAGAAUUGAAAGAGGAAGAUGUCACAAUGACAAUGUACCCAUAUUUCCACUGCUCAUCAACUUCAGCACGUGCAACUGGGACUAAGGUGAACACAGUAUGUGAUGCACUGUGUAAAACUAUGGAGAGAAUCAACCCUCACAAAUACAGUUUGUCAAUACUGACCUGCCAUGUGCGAAAACGUGCUCCAGAACUGGAAGUUGCUCUUCAGAAAGUCCAUGAACUGAGAGUGAAUCCUCCAUCUGACCCUGAAGCAGUCAGUGCUGAAGAGGCCCUGAAAUAUCUCCUCUUCCUGGUGGAUGUUAAUGAACUGUAUGACUAUGCAGUGGGCACAUAUGACUUUGAUCUCAUGAUGAUGGUCGCAGAGAAAUCACAAAAGGAUCCCAAAGAAUAUCUACCAUUUUUAAACAACUUGAAGAAAAUGGAAACUAAUUACCAGCGAUACAACAUUGAUAAAUAUUUGAAGCGAUAUGAGAAAGCUCUCAACCACCUCAGUAAAUGUGGUCCUCAGUAUUUCACAGAGCUUCUUAACUUAGUAAAGGACCAACAGAUGUAUAGUGAAGCCUUGAAGAUAUUCCCAGUAAACAGCCAGGAAUAUAAGGACAUAAGUAUUGCGUAUGGUGAGUAUCUCAUCAAAAAACAGUACUACGAGCAGGCAGGGCUAAUCUUUGCACGAUGUGGGGAAUGUGAAAAGGCACUGGGUGCCUUCCUGCUGUGCAACAGCUGGCAGCAGGUUUUCUGUAUGGCCGCUCAGCUCCACUACACUGAGGACAAAGUGGUUAGCAUCGCACGAACUAUUGCAGGUAAAUUGAUGGAACAGCGGAGAUAUUCAGAAGCAGCCUUGGUGCUCGAGCAGUAUGCUAAGGACUAUGAGGAAGCCAUUACAUCACUUCUAGAUGGUGCAGCCUGGGAAGAAUCACUAAGAUUGGUUUAUAAGUACAACCGGACUGAUAUUUUGGAAACUAACCUAAAACCUUCCAUGUUGGAAGCUCACAGUAAUCACAUGGCAUUCCUAGAUGCACAGAAAACCUUAUUUAUACGUCAUAAGUCUCGACUGGCAGUUGUUCGAGAAAACAAAAAAAAGGAACAGGAAGGAUUUUUAGAUGAGGAUAUGGCUGACGGACUAAAUGCAGACCUAUAUUCAGAAGCUAGCAGUUUACAGUCAGCCAGCGGAAUGAGCUCCAAAUAUUCUCACAGUAACUCCAGGAUCUCAGCGCGAAGUUCAAAGAAUCGUCGGAAGGCAGAAAGGAAGAGGCACAGCUUGAAGGAGGGAAGUCCAUCGGAGGAUGUGGCACUGUUGGAAGCAUUAGGAGAAAUAAUAUCCGCUCUGGACAAAUUGACUGGUGAAGUGCACAAAUUGCUGAAGAUUUUGGUGCUUUUUGGAUAUGACAUUCUAGCUUCAGAGCUUCAGCAGGCUCUGGGAGAAGCCCUACAGCUUGUGGAAAAAUCCAUCCCUGAAAUCUGGCUUCCUGACCUUAAAAAUACAGCUGCCUGUCCAGUUCUUGGUCCUCACUCAACAGCAAACAGCAUUACUGCUUCCUUUCAACAACCAAGGAAUGGGGGAGCACCUCAGCAAGAAGAAAUUUUUGUCCCUCCUAAACUCAAUAAGAAUGUGAAGUGGAAGCUAAAUAUUUUGUGAAGAUACUCCAGUUUGCCGUGUUCCAUUUUUGUGUUGUAUUUCAUUGCACUGUAAGCAUUACUGUCAAUGCAGAGCAACCCAACAACAAGGAUGCUGGUGAAAAUGGAUAGGUAUGGCGGUUUUCCAUCAGGCACGUGGAUAACCUCCUGACAGCUGCAGAAUUAUGAUGAACUAAGCUUACAGUGAUGUCAAUGUAACAAUCAGAACUGACAGACCUGUAAUCAAAGGACAAAAUGUACUUCUGCUGUUGUAUAGUUUGGUUACAAAAUGAAGACAAUGCAAUUUAAUUGUGUCCUUUCUAUAAAGAGUUUAUUGAAAA